UUGGGGUGGCUUGGUGGGUGGUCACCUGCAGAGCCACCGGGCGUCGCGGCGGGCCCUCCUCCGGCCGUCGCCACCAGCGCCGGCCUCGCCCCCGACGUGCGGGCGCACGCCUUCGCGGCCCUGGGCAAGGUGUGCCUGCGGCAGGAGUCCCUCGCGAAGAGGUCCGUGGAGCUCUUUGCACUACACCUGGGCGAGCAGCACCCGUUCGCGGUGCGCAACAACGUGCUCGUUGUCCUCGCCGACCUCUGCGUGCAGUACACCUCGCUGGUCGAUCGCUUCGUGCUGUGCAUGGCCGACCUGCUGCGCGACGCCAACGAGCUCCUCCGCAGGCAGUCGGCGAUGACUCUCGCGUCCCUCCUCUCCGAGAACUUCGUGAAGUUCCGGGGGCCCCUCGUGCACAGGUUCCUCUUCGCGCUGGGCGACCCCGCGGGGCCGAUCCGCGGCCUGGUGGAGUGCAUCUUCGCGAAGAUCCUGCACCGACGGAACCCGGCCCUCUUCGUCCAGAACUUCACCGACGCCGUCUGCGCGCUCAACGGCUGGGCGGAGCAUCCAAGCUACCAGGGCGCCGUCGGCAACGAGAGGUUCGCCCUCGCAGCCGAGCCCCGGCGGCGCGUGGCCGUCUACCGCUUCAUGCUGUCGCUGAUGACGCACGAGCAGAAGUUCAACGUGUGCUCCCAGCUCGUGACUGGCUUCCUCGCGCCCUUCGCCGACGCGGAGGACGGCCUGCGGCUGGAGCUCCCCGCGACCGAGGCUGAGCCCAAGGGCCAGGCGCUCGGGGACGUCCUGGCCCUUCUGGGCUGCAAGGA